UUCCCCGUUGUUCUUGAGAGUCCUCGGUUCUGCUGCUUGGUGAGGAUCAGCCACGGGUGUUGAGAUACUUGCCCUGGGAUCUUCUGCCCGGGAUGGCCCUGCUGAGGGGCUCUGCCCCCUGAGGAAGGGUCCUGGUGGUGACAGGCCACCCAGAGCGGCACCGCAGGGACUAUGUGAGCUGGUUCCUGCCCUCCUGGAGUAAACAUGAUGAAAACGGAGUCUUCGGGAGAAAGAUCAACCCUGCGAAGUGCCUCUCCUCACAGGAACGCCUACAGGACUGAGUUCCAGGCGCUGAAAAGCACCUUUGACAAACCCAAAUCUGAUGGGGACCAAAAAACGAAAGAGGAAGGAGAGGCCUCGCAGAGCCGGGGAAGGAAAUAUGGCUCCAACGUCAACAGGAUUAAGAACUUGUUUAUGCAGAUGGGCAUGGAGCCCACGGAAAGCGUUGGAGUUACCCCCAAAGCCAGGGGGAAGGGUGGCCCCCCGUCACCUCAGAGACGAAUUAGGCCCAAAGAAUUUGUAGAAAAAGCGGAUGGUUCCAUCGUAAAAUUGGAGUCGUCUGUCUCGGAAAGGAUUAGUAGGUUUGAUACUAUCCAUGAUGGUCCUUCCUAUUCCAAGUUUACGGAAACUCGCAAGAUGUUUGAGCGAAACGCUCAUGAGACGGGACAUUCCCAUCGCUAUUCCCCAAAGAAAGAGAAGGUGGUGUCCCAGGAGCUCCCGGACGAGUGGUGCGGCUCCAAGUCCCACCGGGGCAGCAUGGACUCCCUGGACAGCCUCAGCCCCAGGACGGAGACCGUCUCCCCCACCGUGAGCCAGCUCAGCGCCGUCUUCGAGAACGCCGACGCGCACAACGUCAUCCUGGUGGAGAAGUCGGAGAACAACGAGGAGUACUCCGUCACCGGCCACUACCCGCUCAACCUCUCCUCUCCCGUCACAAACCUCUCCUCCCCGGCCGCCAACCUGGAGGGUUUCAGCCCUUUGAAGGAAACGGGCACCUGGUCUCCACCAGCCAAAGAGAGCCCGGGCUCGGCCGAGACCUCCCAGCAAGGUGGCAUGUCCUCCUCGCCCAGGCAGAAGAUGUCCACGGGCACCUCGGCAGGUCCCAGGGCCGCCGAGGAGGGGAAGAGGAGUGUGGAGGGCAGUGCUGGGAGCGGCGGGGGCAGCCAGCGGGACUCGGCCGGUGGGGCGAGGAGCAAGUGGAAAGCAGAGAGCGAGGUGGUGUCACCACACCAGGAAGGCUUGGAGCCCACAGAGGGGGGUUUGGACAGACCCCAGGCUGCGGAGGUGCCACGGAGCACGGGUUCAGGUGGUGUUUUUGCCCCGGGUGCUGUUUCAGAGGCAGCCGAGUCCCGUUACGAUGAGGAGGGUGAGAAGGAGGCGCAGGAGGAGGAGGACAGCUUGCAGGGCUCCCACGUGUACAGGCACUCCGACUACAGCGUGUACCGGGUACGCUCCCGCUACAACUCGGACUGGGGGGAGACCGGGACGGAGCAGGAGGAUCAGGACGACAGCGAUGACAAUAACUGCUACGAACCCGACAUGGAAUAUUCGGAAAUUAACGGGCUGCCCGACGAAGACGAAAUCCCAGCCAACAGAAAAAUACAGUUCAGCCGUGCUCCCAUCAAGGUUUUCAAUACAUAUUCCAACGAAGACUAUGACAGGAGAAAUGAUGAAGUUGACCCCGUGGCUGCAUCAGCUGAGUAUGAGCUGGAGAAGCGCGUGGAAAAGCUGGAGCUCUUCCCGGUUGAGCUAGAGAAAGAUGAAGAUGGACUUGGCAUAAGCAUUAUUGGGAUGGGAGUCGGAGCAGAUGCAGGCCUUGAAAAACUGGGAAUAUUUGUCAAAACAGUAACAGAAGGUGGGGCAGCAGAAAGAGAUGGCAGGAUCCAAGUGAAUGACCAGAUUGUGGAAGUCGAUGGCAUCAGUCUGGUUGGCGUUACGCAAAAUUUUGCUGCCACUGUUCUUAGAAACACCAAAGGGAAAGUCAGGUUUGUAAUUGGGCGGGAGAAGCCGGGACAAGUGAGCGAGGUGGCCCAGCUCAUCAGCCAGACCCUGGAGCAGGAGCGGCGGCAGAGAGAGCUGCUGGAGCAGCACUACGCCCAGUACGAUGCGGACGAUGACGAGACAGGGGAAUAUGCUACAGAUGAAGAAGAUGAAGACAUGGGACCCGUCCUUCCAGGAGGUGACAUGGCCAUUGAAGUGUUCGAUCUCCCUGAAAACGAUGACAUGUUCUCCCCCAGCGAUGUGGACACCGGCAAGCUCGCUCACAAAUUCAAAGAGUUGCAAAUCAAACAUGCAGUUACAGAGGCUGAAAUUCAGAAGCUGAAGACGAAGCUGCAGGCUGCGGAGAACGAGAAGGUGAGGUGGGAAUUGGAGAAGACCCAGCUCCAGCAGAACAUUGAGGAGAAUAAGGAGAGGAUGAUGAAAUUAGAGAGUUAUUGGAUUGAGGCGCAGACCCUGUGUCACACGGUGAAUGAGCACCUCAAGGAGACGCAAAGCCAGUAUCAGGCUCUGGAGAAGAAAUAUAACAAGGCAAAGAAAUUAAUCAAGGAUUUUCAGCAAAAAGAACUUGACUUCAUCAAACGCCAGGAAGCUGAACGGAAGAAAAUAGAAGAUUUGGAGAAGGCACACCUUGUAGAGGUUCAAGGCUUACAGGCUCGUAUACGAGACUUGGAAGCAGAAGUUUUCAGGCUAAUGAAGCAAAAUGGGAGCCAGGUUAACAAUAACAACAACAUUUUUGAGCGGCAAACAUCUUUUGGAGAAGUUUCUAGAGGAGAUCCCGUGGAAAACCUAGAUACUAAGCAAGUGUCCUGCCUAGAUGGCUUAAGUCAAGAUCUCAACGAAGCAGUGCCGGAAACGGAGAGGCUGGACUCCAAAGCGCUGAAGACUCGAGCUCAGCUUUCGGUGAAGAACAAGCGGCAGAGACCUUCCAGAACACGGCUCUACGACAGCAUCAGCUCCACGGACGGGGAGGACAGCCUGGAGAGAAAGCCAUCAAACAGUCACAGUAGCCCCAUGCACAUUCCCAAGUCACCACUGCCCUCAUGCAUGAGAGCAUCCUCUCCAGCAUCAGAUUCUGGUGCUUCCUCCCUCUCCCCCGCGGCCAGCAGUGCAGCCAUCUCCCUCGACAACCUCACCCCAAACCACCAGGAAGAACCACACCACGGAGGAGGUGUCCUGUCCCCCCAUCCCCGGGGGGACACCCCGCUUUCCUCUCCUUCAAAGUCUGGCAACAGCUCCGAAGCAUCUCCUUUGCAUCACCCCGCGGGCAGGAAUAUAUUACAGGAUAAAGAUGGUGCCACAAGUGCUCAGGCAGCAAGAACAACCAGCCCUCCUGUAGGGCAUACGGAAAAACUAAAGCGAAAACUCGCAAAUCUUGGGGCUCCCUUGCGAAGGAGUUCAAACAAGGGCAAGAAGCGGAAAGAGAAGGACUCUGCUCGGGUGACCUCUGGCAGUAGGACCGUCAGAGAGAUGCUGCAGAGAUCAGCAACCAGCAAAUGGUUAGCCACAGAGCGAGCCUCCUCCCUCCCACACUGCGUGCCCUUGGCGUGGCACGGAGAGAGUGGCAAGGGGUCCACCUCCUCCAGCAACCUGCCGUCGCCCACCAGCUCAACCGAGCCCUCCUCCGAAAAUAUAAGCCCAGCUAAAAAAGGGUCAAAGAAUUUCACGUUCAAUGACGAUUUCAGCCCCAGCAGCACAAGUUCCGCGGAUUUGAGUGGUUUAGGAGCAGAACCUAAAGCCCCAGGUUUCUCGCACUCUUUGGUGCUGUCGUCAGACGAGAGCCUGGAUAUGAUUGAUGAUGAGAUCCUGGACGAGGGACAGUCCCCGAAGCACAGCCAGUGCCAGAGCCGCGCGGUGCCGGAGUGGAGCGUGCAGCAGGUUUCCCACUGGCUGAUGAGCCUCAACCUGGAGCAGUACGUCUCCGAAUUCAGCGCCCACAACAUCAACGGGGAGCAUCUCCUCCAGCUGGACGGCAGCAAGCUCAAGGCUCUUGGUAUAACAUCUUCCCAGGACAGAGCAAUCAUUAAAAAAAAGCUAAAGGAAAUGAAAGCAUCCCUGGAGAAGGCUCGCAAAGCUCAAGAGAAAAUGGAGAAGCAAAGGGAAAAGCUUCGGAAGAAGGAACAAGAGCAGCUGCAGAGGAAAUCGAAGAAAGCAGAGAAGCCUUCAUCAGAUGUGACAGAGGGCACUAACGAGCAGUGACCAGCCGGAGCUGGGAAAAGCUGGGGAGGUGGGGGCAGGCCAAGGGGAGAGGAACUCGUACCCAGCCUGGUGCCCCUUCAGCUUUCCUGCCCUCAUUACUGGGAGUGUGUGCAGAGGGCCGGGGCUGUGCGCAGGAGGACUAUGGAAAUCUCCAGGGUGUAGGUUUAUUUUCCCUCAUCUCCAGUCCACACUCGUCGUUGUUGCCCUGUGAAACCACCCCCAGCCCCUCGGUGCGUUCCCUUGUUGCUGAGAGCUGACAGAUCUCCUCUCCGUGUGGCGGUGUUCUCCUUCCCAACUCCCCUUCUCUGUUGAGCGGCGUGCGUUGGGUCGCUGCAGGAACCAGCGUGAUGCCGAGGAGCGGGGUCCUCUGCUCCCCCUCUCCCCAGCGGGGCGGCCCGUGGGAGCCACUUCACUUCCCAACUGGAAAUUCAGCGUCUUUGUGGAGUUUGGGUACCCGGUUCCACCCGCUGGAGGACCUUUCAUCUCCCCUCAUCACCUCCCACCCACGCUGCUCCGGAAACACAACUGUUGGGUGACUUCUUAUACACUGGAGAUAAAGCCAGGAGAGUCGAUACCCCCUGGGAGAAAGACAGUAGGUGACACUCUUUCUGUUGACUGUACAAUAGUUAAUCCAGGAAGGAGGCAAAGCCUUAAACGAUUAUGUGGGUUUACACAGAAAUCUGAGGAUAACAUUUAUCCUGUGGAUAUCUGAGCAAGGAUGAAUUUCUAACUAGAGCACAGCGCAUAGAUCUGUAUAAAUUUCAUCGUGCUCCCAGUGUGUAGGCAACUUUCUUAUAGCACACUCUGCUUCCGUUCUCAUGUGUUUUCAACAGGAAACUGGGCUUAAUUUGUUUUGAGGUUUUGUUUUCCCAAGAAAAACACCACGUCGUCAGACCCAUUCUGCAGUAAGCAUUGGGAGAAUCAGUUUUGUGCUGUGCCGGUGUCGGAAACGAUUGGCAAACUUGAGUUUGCUGAAGAUUUUCAGUUUUUACAGAAGUGCACUUUAAGAAGAGGAAGAGGAGGGAUUCUGGUUAAUGUGAAUUUGAGGACAUUGCUGUUAAGAUUAGUGCUGCCGUGGAGGUGAAGGUUGCUAAAUCCAAAGCUGCCAUAUAUUAACUGUUCUGAUUGACCCGUUUAAAGAAUAUCCCUACCAAAAGGUGAAGUUUUGGGCAUAGGCUGUAGAGUGUUUUGAUGGCUUAGAAGUGGUGGUAUCACGUCCUUCAGAGAUCCCUGUUGUCCUGCUCUGUGAGGCCAUCGGUGGAGCGUUGACUGUGCCAGUGUGUAGCUCACACGGCAUGGUGUUACUGCCUCUUAAGGGCGGUAUUAAAAUAGUCAAUAUUUCUUCAAAAGAAGGGACAGACAACAGGCAAAUACCCACAGGGAGGAGCUGGAGGCGUUCUCUUGCUGCUCUGUAGCCAAAGCUGGCCACACAGCAACCUUUAUCCUUGAGACACGGCUUCCCUCCCGUGCCUCUGGGAAGUUGCCGUCGUCAUCUCCCCAUGCCAGCCCAGGAAUUGGUUAGGGUGUUGAUGCAAAGUUUGAGUCUUGAGCUUAAAAAUUUUUCCAGUCUAAAAAAAAAAAAAAAAAAAAAAUCCAAAUAUUGAAUUCUUUCGAAGGAAAUGUUUGUUCUGGUUUGGCUUGGCUUCUCUUCUGCUCCGUCCUUUAUGACAUUUGUAUCUGUGUCUGUAAAGUUCUCUGAUUUGAAGCAGUUGGGGAGAAAUAUUUAUAGUUAAAUUUCUUUUGAUCCUAAUAAUUCCUUUGACAUAUAAAAUGGUCUGUAAACGGAAAGAGGCUCGUUUGUUCAAAACUAAUACACACCAGAGCUACUUAGUAUUAGCGUUAUUGUUCCUUCCAAAUCCGAUUUCUACAAGUUUCUGAUGUACAUAUUAUUCAGAUCUAAAGAUGAAAUUGCUGUAAGAAGCUACUUCCUGCUAUUUCUUGUGAUACAUUUCUUGAGACAGACCACUGGCAAAAAAAAAUGCACCUGCUAACAAGAAUUCCACAUUGCAGUGAGUCUUUCUGCACUCUUUGUAGGAGAAAAAUUACACAGAUUUUUAACGGCGUCGUAAAGCUACUGCUCUGUUCCACCUGAGUCAGAGAGGUUAUCCGAAAGAAACUGGAAAUUUAAUGUUUUAAAUACGAUGUUGAUAAACGCAUUCAAUGGUGAUUUUGUUUUUAAAUUAUGUUUACAUUGUAGUAAUGUUUAAGUGGUUGUAUAUAGUAAUCUAAGGUGAUGUCCCUGUUUUAUGUUCUUUGUUUUCCUAGAAACCUGAGCAGGCGGUUUGCAUUAUACACUGAGUUUUCAUUGUUGCUACUUAGAACAGUGCCUAGUUAAGCUCUCCACAAAUCAGUCUUACUCUGCGGAAUAGCUAAUUCAACUUAAGUUCUUUAAGUAUUCAGGGUUUUUUUAUUGCUUUGUGGUAAUGUUAUUUUGUAAUUCUCGGAGUAAAAAAAAAAACCCAUAACAAAACCCACAACAAAAACCUAGCUGAAAAAAAAACAAACCAGUAGCUUAAAUUGAAAACAGAAGCAUAAAAUGCAUUUUGAUCAGCACGUGAAAACUAAGCAAACCAAGCCAUGUCAAGAGUUUUGCUCUUCUUUCUGUGAUAAAAGAGAUUUACGUGGUUCCUUUUCUUAAGUCGGGUGGCUCCUUUCUGGGAGUAAGAGGUGGAAGGACCGGUGGGGUUUGGGGUUUGAAGCUCCUGUCGCUGGUCCGUGGUACCUUCAGCGUUGUGUUGCGCAUUUCCCCCUUGUAUCGCGUGGUGACGUACAUGAGAUAGGGAUGUCUCAUCGUUCUGAACUUGAACUUCCCUUAGAGCAGUGCCAAGUCAGACUAAGGUGGGGGUUUGUUUAAUAACAGGAGACAAAUACUCCACGCUCAGUGACUGAAGGACUGUCUUUUCGGGCUCCCCUGCAGAUGUAGCUGGCGCCUACUUUUGCCCAUUUAUUUGUGGAGCUAAAGCAAUUCUAAUGCAUUGAUGGAUCCAGACACUGAUAAACCUCUGUGCUGGUGUCCCCACGCCUCUGGCUCUGCGUCCCUGUCAUCCUUACCCCUUGGUGGGGUUCACUUCCCCCUGCUCACCAUGUUGGCCAGCUCUGUAAGCCCUCGUCCUGCUCGUUGCUGGGGUAUUGCCAGGCUGUGGAGAUACCGAGCCUCUUAGGUGAGGAGAGGAGAACUAGGAAAAGAUGGAACUCUGAAAAAUAGGAAAUAAAAGAUAGAGCACUCAAGUUACUUUAUUCCUAGGAGUGCUGGUGUUUUUACUGAGGUUCUGGAGAGCGGGGUGGCUCCUUGCUCUGCCCAGAUCAGGGAUGUGACUCCCUUCCAGCCAGUAUCUUCCCACCAGGGGUGCUGCUCCACACCACGUACAUGCUAAAACUCCCCACUUCGGUUUCAGUCUGCCCGGGUGUAUGGGGACCAAGAGAUGGGGCAGGAGCCCAACCUGUUCCCUGCCAUUCCCAGGGUAUUCCCUGCUGCUGGCAUUUCACCCACCACUCCGAGCAGCUCUGCUGGUCAUCACGGCAAGUGGAGCCUGUCCUAGACCGAAGGUUGGAAUCCCACAGCGGGACAAAAGCCAGUAUUAAAAGAUGAACAGAGUUAAGUGACGUUUGUAUCUCAGUGUGUACAAAUGCUUCUGCAUUUUUUCCAGCUUGUUACAUUUUUUUGCAUAGGGAUCUAUUGUGCUACGACUGCUCAGCUGCAGGGAUACCACAAACAUUGAGCUUUUGCAAGAAUCACUGCACAGCUUUCCUCUGACGCUUGCCAGGCUCUCAUUGACAAUGUCAUUGACAUUGACAUUGGCUUGGCACUGGGCACGGGGGCUUCCUCGUCCUUCGUUGCUUUCCCUCAAAGCCUCCUCCACCUUCAUCUCCCUCCUCACGUGCUGGUGAGCGAGGGGUGGGCAAUGGUGUGUGCUUUGUGAGAUAUUGAAUUGUGUCCUGCUGUCAAGUCGGAGAAAGAAAUGCCACUCUUGUUACUGGUGCAGAAUCCAGUUCCACAGUUGGAUGGACGAUGACCAUCGUCUAGUUGUGUCUGGCCAAGAAGUACCAUUCCAGGUGCCCUCACAGCACCGAAAAUGGAAAGGAAAGAUUCGCACGGGUUUAGCUGCAGUUGGUUACGGAAUCCGUACUGCCCUCUGUUGCAGUUCUCAGGGCUGACAUUUUGGGGAAGUUUGCAAGAAUUAAGUCUUGUGUUGAUUUCUUAGCCAUGAGAUUACUGAGAGAAAAUGUUGUCGAAGUAAAAGCAAAACCUGAUCUUGCUCUUUGUAGGUGUUGCCUGGUCCCCUGCGCUACCCUCAAAGUAAGCAAUAGAGGGGCUGGGCCCUGUUAAUGGCAUUUCCCUUAUUCUGUGCUCUCCCUCACUUGAAAACCUCAGGAAACCUGUGUCCUGGUCCAGAACACUGAAAAAAACAGACAUUUGAAAAAAGCAGCGCAUCGUUAGUGAAGUUGUAAGUCUUUAAUAGUCAAAAUGGGCAGAGUGCGCAGAGCAGUUUGAUGGUUUGGGUUUAGUUUUGUUAAAUCAGUGAUUGAAAAUAAUGACAUCGAUUGGUCUUUUUGGCAAUCCUGUGGCUUGAUUCCCUCUUUGAAUGGAGCUCGGGGGGGCAGAGCCCACCCCCUGUGUCUCCCCGGUGUGCUCGCCCCACUCUCCGCUGGCAGCUUUGCUCGCUCUUCUUUCUGGGGGUUUCACAGAUUUUUGCAGAUGAGAAGAUUUUUAAAGUUGUGUUAAAACUGUAGACAGAUCCCCUGCAGGUCCUCCUGCAUGUCGUCCUCGGGUUGUUUUUUUAGGGUGGGAAGUUGGCAGGAUUGGUCUCUUGGAGGUUUUUUAGUAUUCAAGGAAGGAAACCUUUUCUUCCUCUUUUUAACCCUAACUUUGAUUUCUGUUGGAGCGCUUUCAGCAGCUCCUUUUUGAGCAGGAGUGAGGGGCAUCCGAGGUGGCUUUACCCACUCAGCGCAGCGUGGGUCAUCUGCAGAUGGCACAACCCCUUUUGUCAUCCUCCCGGAUGUACUUUUUCCCACUGUAAAACUGAUUUUUCAGAGCUGUGACACCUCCGUCGUGACACUGAGCCCUCAGAUCCCUCGUUAUAAAAGGAGCUUUCUGCCAGCAGCUGGCAGCAGGAAUGGUGGGACUUUCACUGUGGGUGUUGAGCCGUGGUUUGAAAGAUGGGCGAAUGGUAAGCACUGGGGGGUUUGGUGGUGGUGCCUGGAGCUGCCUGUUCCAAAGGGAAGGGGAAUGCCAGGGCAGCAGAGGUAAGGAGGAAAGGCUCAUUUGGGAGCCGGGAGAGCAGAGUGAACCUCUCCUGACUCUCUUUCCCACACACAUUUACUGUCCCAACAACAGCUUUUGUAUUUUCCCAUCACACCGUGACGGUCACUCCCUGGUCACUGCCGGGCGAUGGACACGUUGCUGGAAAACCAGGCAGCCAGAGGGCUAAAAUGCACUGUGCUCACUGUAAAAACUGGCUUCUUACAUUGUUUUUAUAUGGUUAAAGAGGUGGUUGCGCUUCAAUAUAUUUUUUUUUUCCUUUUUCUUUUUUUUUUUUUUUUCAAAGAGGUCAAAUGUAUAUGAAGUGCAUGUUAUCCUGAACUUUUUUGUUUGUACAUCUUGGUGUCGGAUCAUCUGCAUGAAAGACACAGUAGUGCCAUGUCUGAGCUUGUUAUCUUGUGCUUGGUUGGUAUGAACUUCUCUAGAUUGUUGAGUUUUUCCCCAGAAUAACUUGGGUUAAUAUUUAGUUAUUGGGAGACAUCGAAACCAAACAUCAUGGUGGCCCUUUGUUUUCUUACAGUUUAAAUACAAACGACAGAGCCUUGUGGUUUAAAGUUAAUUUGUUAAGUGUAAAUAAAUUUCUUGCCAAUGAGUAUUAUUGUUGUUAGACAACGAAUGCAAUAAAAUGAGAAAUCCUGAAUCUUUAUUA